AUGCUCAUGAGUGUGCUGGCAACCUGCUGGUCCAUGGUGGCUGUGUGCAAGGACCGCCAGCUCAGGAAAAUAAAGACCAACUACUUCAUCGUGUCGCUGGCCUUUGCGGACCUGCUGGUGUCGGUUCUGGUGAUGCCGUUUGGGGCCAUCGAGCAUCAGUCGGACUGGCUCUUCGGCGAGACCUUCUGCCUGGUGCGGACCUCGCUGGACGUCCUGUUGACCACAGCCUCCAUCCUACACCUCUGCUGCAUCUCCCUGGACAGGUACUAUGCUAUCUGCUGCCAGCCACUGGUCUACAGGAACAAGAUGACACCUUUACGUGUUACGCUCAUGAUCGGGGGCUGCUGGGUAAUCCCCACCGUCAUCUCCUUCCUACCCAUAAUGCAAGGCUGGAACAGCAUUGGAAUUCAUCACGAGAUUGAGAUGCGGAGAAACAUUGGGAACAACGGCACGGUGUGCGUCUUCAUGGUCAACAAGCCGUACGCACUCACCUGCUCAGUGGUGGCCUUCUACAUCCCGCUGGGCCUGAUGGUGCUGGCCUACCAGCGCAUCUACGUGACGGCGCGCGAGCACGCGCGGCAGAUCGGCGCCCUCCAGAGGGCCGGAGGCGCCGCCUCGUCCUCCGCCAGCGACAGCGCCGCCCACCAGCGCAACCACCGCAUGCGCACGGAAACCAAGGCGGCCAAGACUCUGUGCAUUAUCAUGGGCUGUUUCUGCCUGUGCUGGGCCCCCUUCUUCAUCACUAACGUGGUGGACCCCUUCAUCGACUACACGGUGCCCGAGAAGCUGUGGGCCGCCUGCCUCUGGCUGGGCUACAUCAACUCCAUGCUCAACCCCAUCCUCUACGCCUUCCUCAACAAGUCCUUCCGCCGUGCCUUCCUCAUCAUCCUCUGCUGCGGACGGAGGCGCUACCGGAGAGCCUCGAUACUGGGGCCCCGCGCGCCGUGCACCGCCACGCAGAUCAACGGAUCCACGCACGUGCUCAAUGGUUGCUCCUCUGUCUCCAAAUUCCUCCUCUGGUUCUGCAACACUAGGCCAGUUGCUGUCUAAGGCUCUACGUGGAACCCUCAAGU